CACGCAUUGAGCGUGUCAACUCGAAAGAAUCUUAACUGGUUCACGAAGUUAUUCGCAGUAGGCGACCAGUUAUUACGGCCGUGUUUCUUGUUGAAUUUGUUAUUCUUAAUCGGAUGAUCUACGGUUGAAAGAUGUCGGUUAAAGUACAAAAAAUAUCGGAUUCCCUGAAGUUAGGUGAAGGGCCACACUGGGAUGAAAAGCAACAGGCGUUGUUUUUUGUUGAUAUUAAUGGGGCUGCCAUCCACAAGUAUGUACCUUCUACCGGAGAACAUACAUUCGGCAAACUUGACGGCCGGGUAGGAUUCGCAGUUCCAGUCGAAGGUACAACAGACCAGUUUGUAGUUGGUGUUGAGAAGACGUUCCAGGUUGUUCAAUGGGACGGCAAGAAUGACAGUAAGGUGAAUGUGGUGAAGGUCUUGGGGAAGGUUGACCAGGAUGUGGACGCCCCCACCAGGAUUAAUGAUGGAAAAGCUGACCCGCGUGGAAGGAUUUUUGCUGGCACUAUGGGUAACGAAGUGGCGGGCGAAAUUGUAGGCAACUUGGGCUCGUUCUACCGCAUCGAUAAUAGCGGAGCCAUUGUGAAGCUCUGCGACAAAAUAAGUAUAUCAAACGGACUCGCGUGGGAUUUGAAGGAAAAUGCGAUGUAUUAUACUGACUCGUUUGACUAUAAUAUACGCAGAUAUGAUUAUAAUGUGGAAACUGGAGAAAUUUCCAACAUGAGAUACAUCUUCGAUUUCAAAAAGAACGGCAUCGAAGGUCUGCCAGACGGAACAACCAUAGAUAAGGACGGUAAUCUAUGGGUUGCGGUCUUCUUCGGCUCCUGUGUGAUUCAAAUUGAUCCCCGUACGGGGAAAUUAUUGAAAAAGAUCCCCAUCCCAGCUGAACAAGUAACCUCUGUGAUAUUUGGCGGUCCUAAUUAUGAUAUUUUGUUCGUUACAAGCGCUUGUGUUAACAUAGAUAAUAAACAGAAACCCGCUGCCGGUUGUACGUACAUGGUAACCGGGCUCGGUGUGACUGGGUUACCAGGCUAUAACUUUAAAUUGCAAGCAUAAAAUUGUAUCUAAACGAUGACAUUAUAAGAAAAAAGAUGUGGAAUCUUCAAUAAACGGCACUAACGCACAUAUGUUUAAAGCAAGGUAGCAUGAAUUAUUGUGAAGUAAAAUGUGACUAAUUAGUCACAUUUUUAGUCACUAGCCACUUUUUUACAUGCCACUACUGGAAAGCCUAUCUACACUUUUUCCUCAUUAUUUCAUCGUUCCUACUAUGUGUACUGUGUAUUAUUAUUGUUAACUACUGUUUUAUAUCAAACUUUAUAUAAUAAAUAACUUGUUUUA